AUGCCGAGCCAAACAAUCAGUUCACCAACAGUUGAAACAGGGGCGGAGCAAGUCAAAACAGAGACAUUGUUAAUGGGAAAUAAAUCUAAAGAUAAGUUAUCAAAGCGUCGAGCAACAGAACCUACGGAAACUAAGGAAUCACCAGAAGAAAAUGAAAGUUCAGAUGAAUCAAGUGAAUAUUCGGAUCCGCCUCCGAAAAAACAUAAAAAAGAAAAUAGCAAUGAGGAUGAGGAAAGUGGUUCUGAAGAGGAAGAAGAAAGCGGUUCUGAAGAAAUCGAAGAUACACAAGAAACCGAAGAGGAUUCGGAUGAUGACUUUGAAGAUGAUACUGAAUAGUAGUAAUUUUUCGUCAUAUCAUACCUUCUUAAACCUAUUUUGUUUUAUUUC